GGUCGCCCCAGCCUCAUCGCGGGCUAUCAUCGCUGCGACUGCGGACUGGCAACCUCUCUCUUCUCGACCUUUCCUUCCACCACCCGCAUCCCCUCGCUCUCCCACACACGCACUCACACACACGCACACGCGCGAUAUCGCUAUCCCGCCCAGCAUGAGGCUUACUGCCCUCCUCCUGUCCGCCGUCUGCGUGGUAUCGGUCGCUGCUAAGCCGUCAUGGCUUCCUAGCCAGAUCACCAUCAACGAAGAGUACAAGGUCCCAGGCGACAACCCGCUGUACUUCUGCCAGGAUCCCGCCGAUGACAUCCUGAAGAUCGAGAAGGUCGACCUCGACCCGAACCCCCCAGAGGCUGGAAAGACGCUUACCAUCAAGGCUUCCGGUGACUUUAAAGAGGCUGUGGAGCAGGGCGCCAAGGUCCACCUCCAAGUCAAGUACGGGCUGAUCACCCUCAUCAACCAAGAAAGCGACCUCUGCGAUGUCAUCGAUAACGUCGACCUGGCCUGCCCGCUCGAUAAGGGAGAGAUGACGCUGACGAAGGAUGUCUCUCUGCCCAAGGAGAUCCCUCCGGGGAAAUACACGGUCCUGGCUGAUGUUUACACCAAGGACGAGGACAAGAUUACCUGCUUGACUGCGUCCAUUGCCUUCCAUCGGUAAACCCUCCACGGCGGUGCGAGAGCGGGCGAUGGUGGAUGCGUAUCUGAGAGUAAUAGAUCAUUUCAAGUUGGGAAACGGAAAUUUCAGUUAUCCGGGCCGGGUGUAAAUAUAUUGCAGAACCGGCCGUACAUGAAUAGGAACGAGCUUUAAUUGACGGACUUCCAGUUAUUGGCAGAGUGCGGGAGAGGUUGUGUACGGAUUAUGUUGCAUUUCAAACUCUCUCUUUGAGCGGAUUCGAGACCACAGCGACAGCGGUUCGAGCUCUGUGCUUGUAUUUGGUAUUCAUCAUUAUGGACGCGAACGUCAAUGGACGUUUCUCCUUUGAACCGCACUCUACUGCAGUGAUUUGGAUAUGUUUGCAGUGUAAUCUUUGCAGUGUG